CACGGAUAGCACCAGUGACCAAAACUGGCCUUCUGGAAAGGUGGUGUAAUUUAAAUGUAAUGUAAAGAUAUAACAUUGUGUUCACAGGACUUCUAUUUUCGUUUUAUUGUCUAAAAGACACUUUGUCCAUCAUUGUUAUAAUAUUGUGUUGGCGACGUUGGCGACAAUGGAGAACCACGUGAAAUACGUGGUGACAUGAAAAUCAGUGAAAGAAGAUUCUACAGUUUUGUUAUGAAUUUUUUUAUUCUUAAGAAAUAUUGAAUUCUGAAUUAUUAUCCUUGACUGGAUAAGACAAGAAAUGAAAGUGAAAGUAUUAUGUAGGAAUCCCGACUAUUAUCUACGUGAAACUAAAAGGGAUAUAUAUAAAGUUCCACGUAAUUAUGAGCCAUCAUUGCAUCCAUUUGAAGGGUUAAGAGAAUACACAAGGGCAUUGAAUGCUGUGAAAUUAGAACGUGUAUUUGCUAAACCCUUUGUUGGGAAUUUAGAUGGACAUCAGGAUGGUGUAUCGUGUUUUGGAAAACACCCACAGCGUCUGUCUUUGUUAGUGAGCGGCUCGUAUGAUGGCGAGGUUCGUUUAUGGGAUCUACCACAACAGAAAUGUGUACGUAAUUUUCGGGCACACGAUGGUUUUGUGAGGGGAAUCGCAUUUCUCCCAGAUGGGCAGCAGUUUGUUACUGUUGGUGAUGAUAAGACCAUCAAGAUGUGGAAGACAGAUUUGCCAGACUGGGGCGAGGAGGAGGAACCUACAAAUACAUACAUCAGCAAGUCUGUAAUAAUGGGUGUGAGCCAUCACCAGAAGGAACCCAUGUUUGCAACAUGUGGAGAACUCUGCCAAGUGUGGGAGGAAGACCGCAAUGAGCCAAUCAGAACAUUCCAGUGGGGUGUUGAUAGCUUGCAUGAUGUCAGUUUUAAUCCAAUUGAAACAAAUCUUUUGGCUGCUUGUGCUAGUGAUCGAAGUAUCAUUCUUUAUGACACUCGAGACAUAGGACCAAUUAGGAAAGUAAUUAUGACGCUGCGAAGUAACAGACUGUGCUGGAAUCCUAUGGAAGCUUUCAUCUUCACAUGUGCCAAUGAGGACUACAAUUUGUAUACUUUUGACACAAGGAAGCUGAAGCAGCCACUGCAAGUACACAUGGACCACGUUUCAGCAGUGACAGCUAUAGAUUAUGCUCCAACCGGAAAGGAAUUUGUGAGUGGUGGUUAUGACAAAUCUCUCAGGAUCUUUGAACAUGGAAAGAGCCAUUCUCGUGAUAUUUAUCACACAAAACGAAUGCAGAGACUUACAUGUGUCUUGUGGUCAAUGGAUAACAAAUACAUUCUUUGUGGUUCAGAUGAAAUGAAUAUUAGAAUGUGGAAAGCAAGAUCAGCAGAAAAACUUGGAGUGUUGAGACCACGUGAAAAGACAGCUCUGAACUACAGUGAAGCUCUGAAACGGAAAUUUGGGAGUCACCCUCAGAUAAGCCGCAUCGCUCGUCACCGUCAAGUUCCUAAACAUGUUUACCAUGCACAGAAAGAACUCCGCACCAUCAAGUUGAAACAGAAGAGAAAGGAAGCUAACAGGAGAGCACACUCUAAACCAGGAACUGUACCUUUUUUGUCAGAAAAGAAGAAGCAUAUUGUGGAAGAGCAAGAAUGAAGUUUUUAUUGCUGUUGCAUUUUGUGUAUUUCAUAACAUUUUGAACUGGAAUUAACUGUUUUCAUGGAAUGUGGUAGAGAGUAUAAUUGAAUUGAAUGUAGGAUUUGAUUUAUUGUAUACUAUGCUAUUUGCUGAGAACCACAUUGCAUGUGAAUAGCUUAAAGUAAACAAAUAAUGCAAAUAAAUAGAAGGAGGAAAAUAAUGUGGAAAGAGUAUUCUAAGCAACAAAGAAAUGCCAUACUGAUUUACAGUUAAAUGACAAUAGAGCAAAUCUGACUUGUAA